AUGAAUUGCCGAGGGACAGUCAGUCUUGGAACUGCAAGCCCAACAGAAGAGAGGAGCUGCUCCUGGCUGAACCCCUGGUUCUUCCUUGUUUUUGUCCUUGCCAUCAAAACUGCCUUUGUAACCAUCUGCCUUGUUAUUUUCCUUCAUGGAAACUAUGGCCAAUGCCAGAUUCUGCUCCAGAAUGCUCCAGAAUGGUGCUGCAUUUCCAGUGUACCUGCAGGAAAAAGGGAGAACCAGAUGUGCUGCCCAAAUGGCUGGAGACACUUUCAAGAAAAGUGCUAUUAUCUGUCCACUGAUAAGAUGUCCUGGGUUGAGAGUGAGCAGAACUGCACUGGGAUGGGUUCCCACCUGGUGGUGAUCAACAACAAAGCAGAGCAGGAGUUCCUCUUCAGUUUGGCAAAAGGAGUAUUUACUAAGGACUAUGAAACAAAAUACUACAUAGGCUUAUCUGCUUAUGAAAAUGGGCAAUGGCAGUGGGUGGACCAGACUCCAUAUAAGAAGGCAGACACGUUCUGGAAGCCCGGGGAACCCAAUCUACUCUUUGCAGAAAAAUGUGCUGCAAUUCACGUCAAGGGAAAUACAGACUCCAGCACUUACUAUAAUUGGAAUAACAUCCUUUGCUUCACAAGUUGUUAUCGGAUUUGUGAACUGGCAGCCAAAUUUAUCUAA